AUGGCUCUGCCACCUCCGGAUCCACAGUUUGUUCUCAGAGGUACUGGUGCUGCAGUCCACACUCUGCAUUUUUCCUGUGGCAACCAAGAACCUGAUGUGCCCAUUCUUUUCUCUGGGUCUGAGAAUGGGUUUGUCCAUGUCUGGAACCUGAAAACACACAGGGUGGAUGCAGCACUGGAUGGCCAUGGAAGAAAAUCUGUAUACUGUGUGGAGACAAUGGGUGAUAAAGACAGGCUCCUCAGUCAGGGUCGUGACCAGAGGAUCUGCUUGUGGGAUUUGGCAGAGGGACGGACUGCAGUGACGGAUUCUGUCUUCACGGAGCAUGUGGGAUUCUGCAGAUGCUCUCUGUUAAAGGUGGCACAGGGACGCUGGCUAAUGGCCAUGGCAGCCAAAGCCCUGGAGGAGGUUCAGGUUUUGGAGCUGCCAUCCAAGACAUCAGUCUGUACCUUGAAGCCAGAGGUGGGUGCCAAGCUGGGCAUGCCCAUGUGUCUGAAAUUAUGGCAGCUCAACUGUGGUUCACAACCUUUGCUUCUGGCUGGCUAUGAAGAUGGAUCAGUGGUCCUUUGGAAUUUGUCAACGGGAAAAGCGUUGAGCCAACUUGUUUGCCACCAGGAGCCAGUGAUGAGCCUUGACUUUGACUCGGAGAAGGCCAAGGGGAUCUCGGGCUCAUCUGAAAAGGUGCUUAGCAUCUGGAGCCUCAAUGAGCAACAGAACCUCCAGGUUUACAAAACACACAAACUUGUCAACGCUGGCAUAUCUGGUAUCACCAUCCGUCCAGACAAGAAGAUUUUAGCAACAGCAGGAUGGGAUCAUCGCAUCAGGAUCUUUGGCUGGAAAAAAAUGAAGCCCUUAGCAGUGCUGGACUACCACACAGCGACUGUCCAUUGUGUGUCCUUCUCAGAUCACAAAAACCCCGGUGAGAGACUACUGGCAGCUGGCUCAAAAGAUCACCGCAUCAGUAUCUGGUCAAUAUAUACUCAAACGUGACAUGUUCUGCACUGUCAUAGACUAGGAAAACAGGAUUGGUGGAGCAAUUCUUUACACCUGGAUGUGGGGAAGCAGUAGAAUGUAUUUUCAGGCUGAAGUAAGAGUUCUGGGUUAAUUCUUAUGCUGCUUGUUCAAGCUGCAAGUUUUGUUUUCCAGAGAGGGAAGUGGAUUUUUAAAAUGCAUAACAAGCAAAGC